AUGAGUGAAAUUCUCGUAAAUUCGGAUGAUUCUCCGUGUUCGGAACCAUUCGAGAAUUCGCCUAAUGCGGCUGAUGAGACGUCGCCCGUUCAGGUAUCAUCGAAUGGAGUUCCGAGUUUGGAUAACCGAGAUGCUCAUUUGCAUUGGGAUUCUGCACGUCCAAUGGGUGUAGAAGUUAAUGGAAGUUUGCUGGAUGAGCCAGGUGGAGCAAGCGCUCUUAUCACUCCAGCACAAGACGAUGUUGGCUGGCAAAAUGGAGAUGGCUCAUUUACUCCGGCUCAUAAAAGGCGAUGUCUCUCACCACCAAGUUAUGAGCAACUGGAAAAGCUCUCUUCUCCACAUCUCCGACAAAUGGGGCAUGUGCUGAUUGAACCUGAGACCACUUUUUCUGAGCCAGCAGAGCAUCCGGCACUUGGUUUUGAGCCCGCUGAAAAUGGACAAUCAGCUCUACAACUGGAUAAGCCUAAUCAUAAUGGAGCAUCGACGGAGAAGCAUAAUGUGCCCCAUGUUCAUGAUGUAGAUAGACCUCCGUUGGAGCCAUUUGAGGCCACUUUUCUUCAAGUUUUGACGGAACCAUCAACGACUGCCCCAAAAUCCGAACUUUUGUGUCAGUCAUUACCACAAGAAAAUACCGGACUUCAUUGUGUCAAUGGACCAUUAAGCAACCCCCAUAAUUUUCAAAACUGCGAUAUUGAAAAUUGUCAGCCAGAUAUAGGAGCAGUGCAACUCAACAAAACACAACGAGUACAAAUGAUUGGACAAAAUGAUGAACAACCAGCUCAUUUCGAAAAUAAUGGAGAGAAAGAAGAAGAAGAAAUUGCACACCAAUUUGAAGAAGUCGCGACAGAACCUUUGAAUAAGCAACAUCAUGAAGAAAAUUGUCUUUUGGGACGAGUCGAGCCCAUGGCUCAAGUAAUACAAAGCGAUAUUCAAAAUCCAAUGAUUCUGCCAGCCCAAGGAUUAUACCAGCAACAAGUAGCAUCGAGUUCAGAACCAAUUAACGAAACAUUUCCCGUCAAUCUGGAAGCGUCUGGUACAGGAGCACCAAUUGAGCAGAAUGAAAAUAAGGACCAAGGACAAGAUGGGCACAACAUUUGGCACGGCAGUGCGCCGAACUUAGAACCGCAUUUGAUGCCGCUAGAAAACCUCGAACCGACUAUACAAGAAGAACAAACAGCAUGGAAUUUGCCUACGUCGAGUGCGCCAUCAGAACAUGAUCAGAAUCAUAUACAAAGCGAAGAGCAUAAGGAAUUCCAGCAAGUAGAGACGGUGCAACUUCAUCAUCAUUCACCUCAUCAUCAAAUUGUUUAUCAAGACCCAGUUGUUACAAACGAAGAGCAGCAUAUUGACUCUCACCUUCAUCACCUGACUACCUCAAAUACGACUUUGGAUCAAGAUCAUUUUCCACAUGAAUCUUCCUUGAGACCUGCGAUGCAGAAGUUACUCCGUGAAACGUCAAAUUCACACCAGAAUGAUGAUACGAGCCAAUCUAAAAAUGUUGACGCGGAAAACCAAUUUGUUCAGCCGGAAGUACGUCAUGCGAGUGAACUGAUGGAACCGCCGGAAAGAUCUUUUUCACAACCCCCGAUUCAACCAAAGAUGGAUGAAGUUCCAGAACUCGAUUUGCUUUCUAGAAGUGCACCAUCUACUUUUCUAUACCAAGAAACAGCAUUUAGUUCGCAAAAUUUUGCUGAACUAUUGAUGAAAAUGAUUCCAUCACGGCAUGGGCCAAUUUUCGUUCAGAAUAAUGUAGAAAUGGAAGAAUUAGUGGAGAACCAAGGACACGUGGCACACGAUAUUGCAUCAGAAAUUUUGCAAGAAGCUGAAAAUGUUCAACCACAAACCGAAAAUGCUGCUGAAUGCGAGAAACCAGCGAUGAUGGAACUAGGAAAUCAACAAGAUGAACAACCCAUAGUACAUCAAGUUGAAAAAGAGCUAAUUCAUGAAAAACUUCAUGACGGCGGUCUACCAAGAGUUCAGAGCGACAACGAAGAAGCGCUACAGCGGCAAGCUGAACCAGGGAUCGAUUCAGUGCCAAUUGACGGCAACGAAAUUGCCGGCUACUUUGACGGUCAAAGAGUCCCUGGAGUGGGAGUCGACCUGAAUCGGCCAGUUGUGCCCCAGAUACCAUUUGAUCUAACGCAACGCGAGGAAGAUGAAAUGUUGGGUCCCGAUUUUCAUUUCGGUCCAGGAAAUAGUCCUCUGGUCCCGCAGCACGUGCCACACGAAUUGCAAGGAUACAUGCGUCCACUUCCUCAGGCUAUCGAUGAGCCGCCAGUACCUCCAGUUCCCUUAUCUCUCACUAACGGUCACAUCUGCCUUUGCACAUACGAGCCAGUUGAACUCCAUGGGAACCACGGAACGAUGAAACCUAGCAAUGUAAUGCGUUUUACUGAUGGACGAAUGGCCGUUAUUUAUAAACCGCCGGAUCGUAUGCAAUACGCUAGACGAAACAACUUUUAUCCGAAUUACUUGAAUAUUCCGGACACUUUAAAUGACUUCAUCUUAGAAGAGGAAGCCGAGGUUUCUGAAAAUGAUGGCGACGUGCGCAACGAGCAGAACCAAGGCGAAGCUGUCAAUGUAAUAGGAAAAGAUGUGAAUGAUAAAAAAGAACCGAGAGAAGAAGAAGUGAAUGAUCAUAAUGAUGUGAUAAUGGAUGCAAAUCAUCAAGAAGAAAGAAGCGAUGAAAAUUUCGAGCAAUCUGUCGGACAUGAACUUAACCGUGAACAUGCUGACGAGGUUAAUGCUGACGAGCAGCAUGAGGAAGCAGCAGAAAGUCAAUUGCAACAAACUGCUGGAGGUGAAGCUGAUCAAGGACAAGCUGCCGCGGUUGCUGGUACUCAACAGAAUUUGGACGUUGCUGAGUUACACAAUGAACCUCUUCAAAGAAUGGAGCAUCAGCAGUUUGUCGCAGAAGUUUUGGACCAUCGAAGAGCUCAGGUGGCUGAAAUUGAGCCUCAGAAAAUGCAAUAUGGAGAAAAGGAAGGAUUACUUCAGCACCAAGUUCCAGAAAAUGGAUCGGGCCAGCUGCUUUUGGAGGAAGCAGGAUUGCAGCGUCUACAAGAUCAACAGGGGAUGAUGCAGCAUUUGGAUAGAGCAGAAGUAGAUUAUCGCCGAGUUCGAACACCAGAACUGGGAAAUUUGCAUCAUGGUCGUCAAUUUCAGCUACCUGGUGCCACUCUACUCGAAAGUGCGAUACUACAAAACGUGCAAGCUUCAUCAGUUCAACAAAGACUAGCGCACCCUCUAGAAGUUCAUCGGCCGCCACAAGCUUCUGAAGCGCUAUUUGGAGAACGUGUCUAUAAUCGACGUGAAGAAGAACAAGGCAAUCCUCAACAACACGCUGGUUUGAACAUCCAUCAUCAGUCUUUUGAUUAUUAUCGACCUAAUGCGUGGAAUCGUGAAAAUAACUAUCCUGAGCUGACUCUACAUGAAAGAGGACAAAACAGCCAAAGCUGGAGAAAUAUGCAACAACAUUCUUCCUAUGGGUUCCAACUUGCUGGAUUUCAUAAUCAUCCUCCAGCGGAUGUUUUUCAUCAUCAGCCGGAUCAUGUGGUGUGGAGUAAUGAAAACAAUAGCCGUCGCCAUCAGCAUGAACAACAGUUGGACGAAUCAAAUGCGUCGAGUCAACAACGUCCAAAUAUUGAAGAUGAAAUUCAAAGACUUUUUCGCUGUCCUCAAAGGCAGGACAGAUGGAAUCCCGAUAAUCUUCUUCAUCGACGAGAUUUCCGUCCACUUCAGUUUGAUGAGCCCCUACCGGUUGACGAGCUGAUAGUAAUUGGCGAUGACGAUAAUGAGUCAUGGAAUCAAGAUUUUGGUCGUCAAGAAGAAAAUCCUAGACAAGAAUCCAGCCCGCUGAAUGUGCCAUCACAAGAAGCCGAGUUGCAAAACAAUCAAGAAAAUCGGGUCCAAAACGUGUCCGAUUAUCGUGUUCUGCACCAUCUGCCAGAAAAUCCAAGACCAAAUUAUGAGGCCGCUCUAAUUGGUCAGCCGCAAGCUGGGGAGGAGAUUAGACGCGAUCAGCCAUCUACAGACGAUAAUGCUCACAAUGCUUACAAUUUUCUUCGUAUAAGAACGCCGCCGCCACCAGCAAACGAUCUACUUAAUGAGCAGCUAUACAGAGAUGCACUAUUAAACCCUCAGAGCGCGCAAGAUGCUUGCAGUUUGUAUUACCGCCAACGUCCACAAGUCCCAUGGGCUCCAAUGCAAGAAACGCAGUUUUCAAACCAUCACCAGAUGAGUAUGCAACCGCCUCCACCAGCAAUGGGGCAAGGUUAUCAAGGAUUCCCUCUAUUUAAUCAAAAUUCGGCAAUGGAAAAUCUUACUGCACCAGUUUCCGUUGAAGAAGAACGACGUCAAUUAUUUGGACUUCCGACUACCCCGAGGCAAAAUGAAAUUCUUGGAAUGCCCCCAGAUGACGUUGGAAUAAUGUCUCGAAAUUCACGAUAUCCCCUAAUCGAACACUUUAUUGAAAGAAGAAGUUUUCCCAUGCGUCGGAUUGAAAUCAACAGCGAGAUGUUGAACGCGGAAAGUCUCAACAAUUCACCGUGCCAACCAGGGGAGGAAGAACAGGGCAGACGUCGACAAAUGAAUUACUUAUAUGCAACUAAUAGAUCGACUCCCGGUCCUUCGACCAGCUAUUCACAAAGGAAGCGGCAUCCUGGACCAGGUUUGUGCAAUUUCUAA